AUGACAUGGGACACUGACGAAUACAACAACCCUUACAAAAUCGAUAUAAACCUAGAGGAUGACCCAGAGGGCAAAUUCAAAAUGUUUUUCGAAAAAGGGCUCGGUGAACUCUUAGCCGACGAGUUUUUUCUACUCCUCUACGUGCCUGAGGAUGGAGGGCGAAUGCAAGUUGUACGGCCUGCCAGUGAUUCAUACCAUCGAAAACGCAUGAUCAAAAGGAUCAAUGAAACGAAACGCGGCGUUCCAUCAUUUUAUUACGCAUUGUCGCAUCUUUGGGGGCUUAAAAAAGACAACCGGUUUCGGUGGAUGGGCAUCAGAAAGCACGUGGAUGACGAAGAAGGGCAACCCAUGAAACCUGUUUCCAUGCGACCUGAGAAACGACAUCCAUUGUUGUCAAUGCUCAGAGAUCACCCUGACAGUUAUUGGUGGAUUGACGUUUUAUGUGCACGUACCGACACGCCAUUGGACAUCAUGGGAGAUAUUUAUGCAUGCUGCCUUGAAUGCAUUGCCAUGAUUGACUGCGAACCUGCUCUGAUACGAAACAUUCACACAAAGUUAGAUGCGGUAGAGGAACUCGAUGAAGCAAUGAAGCGCGAAAGAAGACCAUACCUAACAAACGAGGAGUUACAUCAAACCAAAGCUCCCCAACUCAUUGACCUCUUGGAUACAUUCUUCCAAAGUGAAUGGUGGCAACGUGUUUGGACCUGGCAGGAGAUGGCUUUACCUGUGGGACAUGUGCGAUUUAUGGCUGAAACAGAGACUCGUCGGCUCCAAACAAGCAACACAAUUACUACGGAUGACUUAGAGGGAUUUAGAAGGAUGUUAAUACAACACGUGCUCCAUAUUUUACGACAUGAGCUAGGACCUGAGUAUGCCGGGUUUGAGACAUCCGACGAAGUCUGUACAAGACUCAAUGGCGUAUUUACUGCUAGAACAUGCAACACUCUUCGUAUCACUAUGACCAGAAGUGGGGCUUUGUAUUAUGUAAUGGGAUCAUUGGAGUAUUCCAAUCGACGAUGUUAUGAUCCAUGUGACUAUGUUUAUGGAGUGCUGGGAAUGAUGCAGAUCAAAAUCCCAAGGAUGACCGAUCCUAAUGAUGUUUGGCGCCAUUUCUUGUAUGAGCUGGAUGAUUUAGCUCCAAUUGACUCUGGAAGAUGGAUGGACUAUGCAGAUGAAAUCGAUUUGCGAGAAGUUGAAAAUAUUGGCGACGUAUACAAGAAGUUGAACGAAAUUGGUGAAGCAGACGAAAAUGUAUUGCGAAUCCUUGAUGCACACUCGAAUGAGAUGCUGUAG